CGUUCGCAUACGCGCGCGGCGUGUGGCGCUCUGCGUCCUUCGGCCCCGCGGCCAUGCCCAAGCGGGGCUGCCCCUUUGCGGAUGCUUCCCCGCUGCAGCUCAAAGUCCGCGUGGGCCUGAAGGAGCUCAGCCAUGGUGUGUGUGGCGAGCGGUACUCGCGAGAGAUCUUUGAGAAGACCAAGCAGCUGCUUUUCCAUGGAGCCCAGGCCUGCAGAGACCAUGUGUGGGGUGAGGGCUAUGCCAUUGUCCAUCUACCAGAGUCCCCAAAGCCAGGUCCCACAGAGACCCCUCGAUCUGCAAGGGGCCAGAUGCUGAUUGGACCCAAUGGGCGACUGAUCAGGAGUUGUGCCCAGGCCUCCAAAGCUGACCUCUCCGGAGCAGUGUCCCGUGCCUGCUCAUCGUGCGUGCGAGCUGUGGAUGGGAAGGUGGUCUGUGGCCAGUGUGAGCGGGCCGUGUGCGGCCAGUGUGUGCGCACCUGCUGGAGCUGCGGUGCCGUGGCUUGUGCCCUGUGUGGCCUUGUGGACUGCAGUGAUGUGUGGGAGAAGGCGCUAUGCAACAGCUGUGCCAUGUUUGAAGCCUGAGGCCGCCGCGUCCACCAGGAGGAAGGAGGGCGUGGCUCGUGUGUGUGUGUGUUUCAUACUUCGAUGACAGAAGUGAAUAAAGCCUUUUAUAUUUGCACACACA